AUGGCAAUCACCACGCUCACCCUCGACGCACGCCGACCCCUAGCCGAGGUCAACAUCCGCGUCGCAAAGGCAAGGCGUGUCGUGGUCGUCUCGGGCGCGGGCAUCUCUUGCUCCAGCGGGAUUCCGGACUUCCGUUCCGGAAACGGCCUCUAUUCGCUGGUCAAGACGCGCUACCCCGAGUCCUUCGUCACUGGCAAGGACCUCUUCUCAUCGGGCCUCUUCUCCACCCCCGAAACCACUUCCAUUUUCUACACAUUCAUCGCCGAGCUCUCGCUCGCGUGCCAGGCGGCUGAGCCCACACGUACACACCACUUCAUCCGUCGUCUCGAGGCCAAGGGCAAGCUUCUCCGGUCAUACACGCAAAACGUGGACGGCUUUGAGCGCCGUUUAGGGCUCGAGAGCGGCGGCCGCGGGACCGGACUGACGAAGAACGGCACACGCAACGUUGAGCUGCAUGGAGAUCUGGGACGGGUGCGCUGCGUCCUGUGCUUUGCCGACUUUGAGGCGUGCGACGAGUAUGUGUGCAUGUUCCGUGAGGGCGAGGCGCCGAAUUGCCCUUCCUGCGAGGAGAGACAUGCCGAUCGCGUCAACCGCGGGGCGCGCGCCACUUCAGUGGGAACACUUCGCCCGUCGAUCGUGCUAUACGACGAGGCGCAUCCGCUUGGUGACCAGAUCGGCGAACUCCAGGCGCACGACAUGAAGCGCCGCCCUGAUAUGCUUCUCAUCAUGGGCACGUCGCUCAAGGUUCACGGCCUCAAGCAUCUGAUCAAGGACUUUGCCAAGGUCGUGCACGAGCGCAAGGGCAUCGUUGUGUUUGUCAAUGCCACCACACCGAACAAGGAGUGGGAGAGUGUCAUUGACUAUCAUGUUCAAGGUCCGACGGAUGAGUGGGUUGACCUCGUUCAAGAAGAUUGGAAGAAGGCGCGGCCACAGGACUGGGAGCUCCAGACAACCCUGGACCCUGCCGUUGUGCACAAGUCCGUCGUCAAGGGCAAAUCGAAGGCAAAGUCAAAGUCCAAGGCCAAGCCGAAGCCGCUCCCCUCCUCGGAUGACGCGUGCCACCUUCCUACCCCGCCGAACUCGCAGCAGUCGCCAAUCUCGUCUCCUCGUGGGUCGGCGCGAAAUACCCCACAGCGCGACAGCAGCACCCUCCCGCCAACGUCUUCUCCCCUCACUCCCGUCCCCACUCCGCCCGUCUCACCUUCUCCCUUCAAGACGCUCAAGGUGCCUGCCACGCUCUACUCACCCGCGUCGCCGAGCAAGCGCAGCGCCAGUAGAACAGGCGCCCCAGCGCAGGCCAAGCGGUCGCGGACAAGACCGGCGUCCCCGUCGCCGAGCCCUGGCGGUAGAGGCAACACACUAGUGCCGAUCACGAACACGCUCGCGACCGACGAUGAGGAUGACGACGAGGAUGACGACGUCCUUAUCAUUCCCGCAAAGCCUCGCCUCACUCGCACGCCUUCGUUACCUCCGAUGCCCAGCCGCAAGGCCAAGGCAGCUGCAAGCCAGGCGUGGCUAGGGUUGGCCCCGAAGGUGAUGAUGAAGAAGCAGCCUAAGGAGAACUCGAGUGGCCAGUCUCCGCAGAAGCGCGUCGCAGCCGACAAGCGGUGCAGUACGCGACCCACCCGCGUGCCGUCUUUACGGGCUCCAUGA